AUGAUAAAAUCAACUAAUAAUUCCAUUAACAAAAUAAGAACAAUUACGUAUUAUUAAUUUUCAAAAAAGAAUUAAUAUAAAAUAUAUAUAGGCAAUGAUCAUGCUGGAUUAGAAUACAAAAAUAUAAUAUUAGAAAAUCUUAAAGAACAAUAAUAUAAUAUAAUAAAUAAAGGAACUAAUACAAAAUAAAGUUGUGAUUAUAAUGAAAUAGCAAUAGAUUUAUGUUAAGAUGUAUUUAGAAAUAAAGGAUUAGGAAUCUUAAUAUGCGGAAGUGGAGUUGGAAUGUCAAUUAUGGCUAAUAAAAUUAAAGGUAUUAGAUGUGGAUAAAUUAAUGAUUAUUAUUCUGCUAAAUAAGCAGCUCAAAUUGGCUGUAAUGUAAUAGCUUUAGGAUCUAGAAUAGUGGGUAUAGAAAUGGCUAAAUAAAUUAUAUAAACAUAUUUGAAUUCAAUUUAAAAUAAACAUAUGGAUAUUAAUGAAAUUAUAUCCUAAUUUGAAUUGGAUAAUUUUAUAAAAUGA